AUCUCAACGCCCAGUGACUUCCUUGUCGUGUUGACUGACCAGAGUCCGCGGCUAUUUUCUUCUGAGGAGACGAUUUUGAAACAAAAUUGCUGGUGAAAUGCCUGGAAAAGACGUUUUUGAGUUGGUGCAAUGUCCUGUUACAUGCCAUGCCUUUAAUAGCGAUAGAUCCCGAGUUGCAAUUUCUCCAAAUGACCAAACAGUUAUAAUCUUCAAGAAAAUUGGGAAUAAGUGGGAAAAAGAAGCUGUUUUAGAUGAGCAUCAACAAACUGUUACAAGUGUUGAUUGGGCACCAAACAGCAACCGCAUUGUUAGCUGUGGUGUGGACCGAAAUGCUUAUGUAUGGACUGAACAAGAUGGUCAAUGGAAGCCUACUCUUGUCAUUGUGAGACUGAACAGAGCUGCCACUUUUGUCAAGUGGUCCCCAAAAGAGGAUAAGUUUGCUGUGGCAAGUGGGGCCAGGCUCAUAUCAGUUUGUUACUUUGAGAAGGAAAAUGACUGGUGGGUUAGUAAACACAUCAAGAAGCCAAUUCGCUCGACCGUUCUCAGCUUGGACUGGCACCCUAAUAAUGUUCUUAUUGCUGCUGGAUCAUCGGAUUUCAAAGCAAGGGUGUUCUCUGCGUAUAUCAAAGAGAUUGAAAGCAAACCAACGGAAACUGUUUGGGGAAAGAAAAUGCCAUUUGGAAGCUGUAUGGUUGAAUACUCCAAUGGAGGAGGUGGUUGGGUACACAGCGUGGCCUUCUCACCAUCAGGUAACAAACUGGCCUGGGUUGGACACGAUUCAAGCAUCUCUUUUGUCGAUGGGGAAAAGAAAGAAGUUGAAACUCUUCGUGGGCAGUUUCUUCCUUUUCUGUCUUGUUUGUGGAUAACUGAAAAUACUGUGGCUGCUGCAGGCCAUGACUUUUUGCCGAUGUUGUUUGUUGUAAGUGGGGAUGGAAAGCUUUCGUUCAUGGCCAAGCUAGAUGCUGCUAUUCAAAAGGAGGCUGAAGCAAUGAGUGCCAUGGCGAAAUUCCGUUCCAUGGACAAGCAGGCUCUUGGUUCUGCUUCUGCCAAAUCAGUCACAACUCAUGCAAAUGCAAUCAAGCAACUCUGUUUUUACGGUGGACCAAGAGAAAACGUUGAACAGAUCUCAUCUUGCGGAAUGGAUGGAAGGGUUGUCGUAUGGCACCUUAAGACCCUUGAGAAGUCCAUGGAGGAUUUGAAGAUAGUGUGAAGACAAAGAAGUUAUUAAUUACAGCUAGGAUCUCCCGGAUUUGAGCAAAAACAAAAGCAGAAAGUAACUAUUUCAUGUGUUGAUCUAAUGUAGCAAUGUUUAAUGAUUUGCAUUGCAUCACAGAAAAGUGUAGAUUUUUAUGUCAUCCUUUAUUUUUCAUCACAUAACAGAA